UGAUCAACCACUGACAGAUCAAUGAAGUAAUAAAGAUGUUAAGACAUAUUUAGUAGCGAUGGUUUAACAUUUUAUUGUGUUCUAUUGAAUAUUAUGUUUUACAUCAUAUCGAUAGGCAAUUGAUAAAAGGAAAUUAAUUCUAACCUUUUUGCCCACCAGUACGUGCGCGGGAUACAAAAUAUGUGAAUUCCCCUUUUCAACACCUUUACGCUGUUGUUCAUAAUUGUAUUGCUUCUAGUGAUUUGGCAAUGAUUUGAUGGCGUUGAUUGCGCCUCACCGAGGGUUCACACUUCUGGGGUGUCGUGGUAUUGGCCGUCACGAAGGUAGAGGUACAUGUGUAUUCUUCUUAGUGGAAUACGGCACUUCAUCAGUGGAUGCUACUCACAAAAAUCUAAUCUGUACCACUAAAAUGAAAGUAUCAAAAAACGCACACAUUUAAUAGUCUUCAAAUAGAUUCCAUUGCAGAUGUGUUCUAAUGGGGUUUGCUUUUAUUUUUUAUGUUUUCAUCUCAACGUGAAGGCGCGCCCAUGCCACUAGUUGAGGCUUUAUCAAUAAUAUCCUGAGAUAUAACUUUACAUUUAUCCCACAAAAGGUAUAGAGAUUUCUUUUACUUCCACUCAUUUUUCUUCCUCAUCUCAUAGAGGAGAAUUUUGAGACAUCAUGCCUAUAACACGUAUAGUCUCCUCACGUUUACGUGUCCUUCAAAGAAAUUACUUAUCCCGUCGUGGUGGGCGUGUAAAUAUUGUGCAUACUUCCACAGCUGUGGAGUUUACGCCUGAAUACAUUGCACCCUACAAGAAGAAUUUGAAUAAAUGUCCACGCAUCAUUGAUGCUGAGAUGAUUCAUGGCGACGAGCAGAGUUUUUGGACUGCACGGCGUGAUUUUUAUCGAAGUGGGGCGUCGCGUUCGCACUAUCCCAUCUGGGACCGGCAGGCGCAGGUGUUGAUCAUGUUAACCCGUCAGGUCCCGCGUGUUCCGCAGGAGGCGGCGUUUCGCCUCUUCACUUUAGGCCUUAGGAUGUUGCUGCUACCGAGGUUGAUUAUGAAUACAGAGCUGAUGCUACCAUCGUGGAUGCUCAUGAACACUGAGGGUCUGCUCUCAGAAACCGCUUCGAAAAAGGAUGAGGAAAAUGGCAGCGUAAAGAACUCUCGUGGGGAAGAUAAGACGGCACCGGGGGCUGGUGACGGUGUUUGCUCCAUUCAAUCCUCAGGUGGGGACGGAAAGACCUCCGGAAAUGCAAAAGGGGCUGAGUCGAAAUCCCAAAAUGAUUCAAACAAGUCAUGAUCAGUAGUAUGAUGUGAAGUUUUGGAAGCAUUUCAUCAUGUUUAUUGAUAAGCUUAGCAUAUUUUAUUUUAUGCGCACUGUACAAGAUACGA